AUGAACUAUGAGAUCAAGCAGGAUCUCCGUAGGGACCCGGAACGCUACAGCGAUAAUCCGCGCCCUGAACAAUUAGUGCAGGAAUCGCAUAGGGAUGUUGUGGUUUCUGAUAAGCGGUGCUGGGACGGCGCCGGGAUCGAGCCGAUCCGUCGCCACUUCGCUGACUAUCUUCAUAAGACUAAGCUUGGGGCGUAUGGGGGCUGUGGCCUGUCCGAAGCUUGUAUGGUCACUGAUGAACGGUCGCUGAAGUCAAUUAUCGCCUGUCCUAAGCCAGACAGCAAGGAUCGGUUUACGCGGCUGGACGGGUUUGUUGGCAUGGUUGACGGGCGGUAUAACCCUGAGGGAAAGGAUAGUCCGCGGUAUUUGGGGCUCAUGCGGGUGGGGAUUGGAUUCUUAUGGUGGCUCUAUAUAAGCUUUGGGAGUCGGACCAUGGAGGAGCUGUGCCCAUCUGUUCCGCCAGUGUUUAUCCCGGUUUAUGAUGGCGGGAAUGGGGAAAGCGCAUGA